CAUACCUUUUAAAAAUUAUCACCUAAAGUUCAAACCUCUAUUGUCAAUUUUCCUUUUACUUAUUUAUUAUAGUACAUAUAUUAUAUGACUUUGAAAAUAAAAAAAAACCACAAAACAGAAACGGAUUCUUAAUGAGAUAUAUCCUUAUAAAAUGCUCUAAUAUCCUUAUAUAUGCCAAAAAAAAAAAAAAAAAACUCAAAAGGAAUAAACCGGAACAAAGAAGAAUUUCUAAAUUGUAAUCCUUUGUGGUGUGAAGUUGAGUCUCGAGUCUCUCAGAUCAAGAGGCGUUUGGAUUUGAAAGGCAGAGGUAUAUCGAUCUAUUCGGAUGCGACGCCAUCUUCGCCAUGUCGAUACCGAAGGAACCGGAACAAGUGAUGAAGUUACGAGGAGGAUCUGUGCUUGGAAAGAAGACUAUCUUGAAGAGCGACCAUUUUCCUGGCUGUCAGAACAAACGUCUUUCUCCUUCUAUUGAAGGCGCCCCCAAUUAUCGUCAGGCAGAUUCAUUACAAGUUCAUGGGGUUGCUAUUCCUACCAUAGAUGGUAUUCGAAACGUUCUUAAGCACAUUGGAGCACGAGCGGACAUAAAGAGAACUCACGUAUUGUGGAUAAAUCUUCGUGAGGAGCCAGUGGUAUACAUCAAUGGCCGACCUUUUGUUUUGCGUGAUGUUGAAAGGCCUUUCUCCAAUCUCGAGUAUACGGGAAUUAACAGGGAUAGGGUGGAAGAUAUGGAAUCUAGGUUGAAGGAAGAUAUCUUGCUGGAAGCUGCAAGAUAUGGAAACAAGACCCUUGUCACUGAUGAGCUGCCAGAUGGCCAAAUGGUAGACCAGUGGGAGCCAAUGACUUGUGAUUUUGUGAAGACUCCACUUGAGGUAUACGAGGAGCUAAAGAUGGAGGGUUUUCUUGUUAACUAUGAACGAGUUCCUGUUACUGAUGAGAAAUCGCCUAAAGAAUCUGAUUUUGAUAUGCUGGUUAAUAAAAUUACUCUAGUGGACCUUAAUACUGCGGUAAUAUUUAAUUGUCAAAUGGGACGUGGGCGAACAACAACAGGAAUGGUGAUUGCUACCUUGAUUUACCUCAACAGAAUUGGAGCCUCUGCAGGGAUACCAAGGAGCAAUUCUAUUGGAAGAGUUUCUGAUUUGAGCUGUGGUGCUGACAACUUGCUUAAUUCAGAGGACGCAAUCCGUAGAGGAGAGUACACUGUCAUUAGAAGUUUGAUCCGUGUUUUAGAGGGUGGUGUGGAAGGAAAAAGGCAGGUGGAUAAAGUAAUUGAUAAGUGUGCCUCUAUGCAGAAUUUACGAGAAGCUAUUGCUACAUAUCGUAACAGUAUUUUACACCAACCAGAUGAGAUGAAGCGAGAGGCUUCACUGUCUUUUUUUGUGGAGUAUCUGGAGAGAUAUUAUUUUCUGAUAUGUUUUGCUGUGUAUCUUCACACUGAGGAAACAGCUGUAAACCCCAGUUUUCCUGCUCAGUGUAGUUUUUCUGAUUGGAUGAGGGCGCGACCAGAACUUUAUAGCAUAUUGCGUAGGCUAUUGAGGAGAGAUCCAAUGGGGGCAUUAGGCUACCGUAAUGCAGAGAAGUCACUUAUUAAGAUGGCUGAAUCUACAAAUGGUCGUCCUUAUGAGAUGAGUGUGGUUGCUGCACUGAGAAAUGGAGCAGUGCUGGGCAGUCAAACUGUCUUGAAGAGUGACCAUUGCCCUGGUUGUCAAAACUUGAGUUUGCCGGAGAGGAUAGAAGGUGCCCCAAAUUUCAGAGAGGUUCCAGGAUUUUCCGUUUAUGGCGUGGCAAAUCCAACAAUUGAUGGCAUUAGAUCUGUUAUUCAGCGCAUUGGUAGCUUAAGAGCAGGUCGUCCAGUUUUCUGGCACAAUAUGAGAGAAGAACCUGUUAUCUAUAUAAAUGGAAAACCAUUUGUGCUUCGUGAAGUUGAAAGACCUUAUAAGAAUAUGAUGGAGUACACUGGUAUUGAUUGUGAGAGGGUAGAAAGAAUGGAAGCUCGGUUGAAAGAAGAUAUUCUGCGUGAAUCUGAACGCUUUGGAGGUGCUAUUAUGGUUAUCCAUGAAACUGAUGAUGGACAAAUUUUUGAUGCGUGGGAACAUGUCAACUUUGAUUCAAUUCAGACGCCACGUGAAGUUUUUAGCUGUCUAGAAGCUAGAGGGUAUCCAGUUAUGUAUGAACGUGUCCCCAUAACUGAUGGAAAGGCUCCAAAAAGUUCUGAUUUUGAUACACUAGCAAAAAAUGUUGCCUCAGCUUCAAAGGACACUGCUUUUGUUUUCAAUUGUCAGAUGGGAAGAGGAAGAACAACAACUGGUACUGUCAUAGCCUGCCUUCUCAAACUAAGAAUAGAAUAUGGUAAACCUAUACGAAUCUUCCGUGAUGAGUCCGUAGGUGAAGUGGAUGAUAGUUCUUCAUGUGGUGAAGAAACUAUGGAUGAUUUGUCAGCAUCUAGUUCAAGUACUGUUGAUCAAGGAACAACUAGAAAGCCAACUCGCACAUUUGGCAUUAAUGACAUCUUGCUACUGUGGAAGAUUACAAGAUUAUUUGAUAAUGGUGUUGAAUGUCGUGAGGCGUUAGAUGCUGUUAUUGAUAGAUGUUCAGCUUUGCAGAAUAUACGUGAUGCAGUCCUACGGUACCGCGCAUUAUUUAAUCAACAGCGUGUUGAGCCCAGGGUGAGAAGGGUUGCAUUAAAUCGUGGUGCUGAGUACUUAGAGCGUUACUUCCGUUUAAUCGCCUUUUCUGCGUAUCUUGGGAGUGAAGGGUUUGAUGGAUUUUGUGGCCAAGGAGAAUCAAAGAUGAGUUUCAAGAGUUGGUUGCAAAAAAGACCUGAAGUCCAAUCAAUGAAAUGGAGCAUAAGAUUGAGGCCAGGACGGUUCUUUACUGUUCCAGAAGAUCUGAGAUCUCCCUAUGAGACUCAGCAUGGAGAUGCUUUAAUGGAGGCUGUUAUCAAGGCUCGAAAUGGCUCCGUGCUAGGGAGGGGCUCUAUACUUAAAAUGUAUUUCUUUCCUGGUCAAAGAACUUCUAGUCACAUAAAAAUACAUGGGGCACCUCAUGUUUACAAGGUGGAAGGAUACCCUGUCUACAGCAUGGCAACUCCUACUAUUGCUGGUGCUAAACAGAUGUUAUCUUUCUUGGCUGCUAGUGGAUCCGUGGAUGGUGGACGAAAGUUAGUAAUAACUGAUUUGAGAGAGGAAGCUGUGGUAUAUAUAAACGGUACACCUUUUGUUCUACGGGAACUGAACAAAGCAGUCGAUACACUGAAACAUGUGGGAAUUACUGGUCCAAUGGUGGAACACAUGGAAGCACGUCUGAAAGAAGAUAUAAUAUCGGAGGUUACUCGGACAGGUGGACGGAUGCUUUUGCAUCGAGAAGAAUAUAGUCCGACUGUAAAUCAAUCUAGUAUUGUUGGAUACUGGGAAAAUAUUUUCACAGAAGAUAUCAAGACUCCUGCAGAAGUUUAUGAGGCUCUAAGGGAUGAAGGCUUUGAUGUAUCAUACAAGAGAAUACCAUUAACCAGAGAGAGGGAAGCUUUGUCAUCUGAUGUUGAUGCAAUACAGUACUGUAAAGAGGAGUCAGCAGGAUGCUAUUUAUUUGUGUCACAUACGGGGUUUGGAGGAGUGUCUUAUGCAAUGGCGAUUAUAUGUGUUAGACUAUAUGCUGAGGGAAACGUGCGACUUGAUGUUCCAGCAUUAAGAGUUUCAUCAUCCCCACUUUCAGUGCCUGAUGACAUGUCAUGUUGGGCUUCUGAUGAAGUGGCACUCAAAUUGGGUGACUAUCGGGAUAUACUCAGCCUAAUAAGAGUUCUUGCUCAAGGACCGAGGAGCAAAGCAGAUGUUGAUGAUAUCAUAGAAAGAUGUGCAGGAGCUGGACAUAUACGUGAUGACAUUGUCUCCUAUACUAAGGAACUGAAGCAAGCCUCUCAUGGCAAUGAGGAACAACAGGCAUCCCUUAUUGAUAUGGGUGUGAAGGCAUUAAGGAGGUAUUUUUUCUUGAUAACGUUCAGGUCUUACCUUUACAGUGCUUCUGCAGCUGAGACUACAUUCUCUUCAUGGAUGGAGGCUCGACCAGAACUGGGCUAUCUCUGCAAUCACCUCAGAAUUGAAAAAUGACUUUAAACAAGAAUCUUUUUGAUACGAUGAUACUGACUUUAUCUCCUUGUGCAUAGAUUAUUACAAAUUUGCUCUGUCAUAGUGUUACUGCAUUAUUUGCGGGAAACCUUGUGUCCUGGCUGACGAGGUUCUGGUCCAAUAUAAUAAAAUGUAUGUGCCAUUUAUGGAUGUAAUACUUUCUCUGUCAUCACGUCAUAAUUAAAAUUGAUUUUCUUGAUUGCCAAAACAGCA